UAGAGGCACAAGAGGGCUGAACUUGUCAAACAUAUAUUGUGAUUUCAGUGUGAUUUAGAGGCACAAACCUUUAUUACAGAUUGUUUCUACUAGCCUAUCCGCUGUUAAUUUCUCUAUGCUGCUUGAUGCCCCACAAAGUGGGUUAUGUGCUGUGCGGCCAUGAAGUAGCUCUAUGGUUUCAGUUUCCAUCCAGUGUGAAGUUGAUUCCCAUGAGAUAGAAAAAGGUUUUCAACGGGGGGAGAAGAAAAAGUUGAUCCCGAGAAACUAGUAGACAAUCUGUUUAAAAAACAAAGAAACUAGUAGAAGAAGAAGAAGAAGACAAACGAGUUGGCAGUAUUUUUAUGGAUGUUGUAGCAGGACUGAAUUUCUGAAUAUUAUAUUGCUGGAUGAUGCCAUCUGUGUAUAUGCCAAAAGGCAUGAGGUAGAUAGAAGACAAGACUGAGCUAUCAGAGGAACUAGUGGCAUCUCAAGAGCAGCAACAGGAGAUGGAAUCUCUCCCCGUCCCGAGCGUUCAGGCCAUGGUGGCGGCCACCGGCGGAGCCGAUGUGCCGCUGAGGUAUCUCCGGCCAGCGGAGGCGGUCACCGGUGACGGCGAGGCCCAGAUCCCGAUCAUCGACCACCGGAGGCUGCUGCUGGAGCUGGACCGCCGUGGCGAGGAGUCUGCACGCCUCCACAGCGCCUGCCAGGACUGGGGCUUCUUCCAGCUAAUUAAUCACACUGUCCCAGACGAUGUGGUGGAGGGAAUGAAGGCCAGCAUCCAAGAAUUCUUCCGGUUACCCGCGGAGACGAAGAAGCGAUUCACGCAGGAGUUGGGGCAGCUGGAAGGCUACGGUCAGCUGUUCGUCGUCUCGGAGGAUCAGAAGCUUGACUGGGCUGACAUGCUUUACCUCUACACGCAGCCACCUGAGAGCAGGAACAAAAAGUUCUGGCCUGACCAGCCUGCCAACUUCAGAUCGAUGCUGGAUAGAUACUCUGGUGCUGUGAAGGAGAUAACGGAUACCCUUUUGGCUACAAUGUCGGAGAACUUGGGACUGAAACAAGAGGUGAUUGCUGACAGAUGCGUGGGCGGAGUGCAGUCUGUCAGGAUGAACUACUACCCGCCAUGCGCCCAAGCAGACAAAGUCAUCGGCUUCUCCCCGCACUCUGACGCGGAUCUCCUGACUCUUGUCCUCCAAGUGAACCAUGUCCAAGGCUUGCAGAUCAAGAGGAAUGGCAGCUGGUUUCCCGUCAAGCCUGUCGAGGGCGCUCUCAUCGUCAACAUUGGGGAUAUCUUUGAGAUCUUCACGAAUGGGUGGUACAGGAGCAUCGAGCACCGAGCCGUCGUCAACCCGAAGGAAGAACGGCUGUCGGUCGCGGCGUUCCACUCCCCAAACAUCCACGCCAUGAUAGGUCCUCUGAAGGAAAUUACGGCACGUGAAGGCGGGGAAGAAGAGGCGUACAAGACGCUGGACCACGAGAACUUCAUGAGGCUUUUCUUCGCAACGAAGUUGGAGGGGAAGAGCUUCUUAGAUCGGAUGAAGCUAAACUAGCAGCUGAAUGCUACCCACCAUAGCAGGUAAACCUUGUUGUCGGUUACGAACUGCGGGUGCAUCUGUGGUGUCUCCGAGGUUCCAGGCAUCACUAGUUAGUUAGCAUCCUCGCAUCUGUGAAGAUCUGUUCUUCGUGUGCUGCAACUGCAACCUCUCCCUGCAGACCCAUUAAUUCCCUUAAGGCCCUAACAGAGCAUGCUCUGCAAUUUAGUAGUACUUGUCAAACAUAUGUUGUUUGUUUCAGUACUUGCUCAGGAGCAUGCAUAUGUUCCGCAAACCUUUAUUAUGCACCCUUAUCAUAUUUGAUAGAUUGGUUCUUA